AUGUCUUGUAAGCCAAUUUCUGAUCAGACGAUAGUUGCAAUAGCUCACUCAUGUCCUAAUCUUCGCCAUCUCUCUUUAAAAGGUUGUCAUAAUAUUACAGACGUUUCAGUUAAUAGAUUGUUGCAACAUAUUCAUAAUUUAGAAUACCUUGAACUUGAUCAGUGUAGAUUUAUUACUGAUUCAUCUAUUUGUAACAUUGCUAACUCUUGCCCGAAGCUCGAACAUCUUGAUAUCGGUGUUUCUGACACAACUAUCUGUAAUAUUGUACAUUUGUAUAAAAAUUUAAGAUAUCUUGAUAUCAGGUGUUGCCAUCUAGUUACUGAUAUAAUCAUUGAUAAAAUUGCGCAACAUUAUUCUAGUUUAGAAUUUCUUGACAUACAGUCGACAAAUGUUAGUAAAGAUGUAUUGAGCAAACUUAAUCCAAAAAUUAAGAUAAAGUGGGAUUCAGUGCUUGACAUGGAGCCAGAAAAAGAACUUAAUGAUCUUUGGGUAACACUAGUCAAUUUAGUACAACAUUUAUGGUUAACUUAUGCGAAUCUCGAAGAUAUUGUACAAUACUGCGAAGACAAGAUUAAAGAUGAACAUUAUCAAAAGUCAAUUGUGGAAUUGGAACGGGAUAUGAGAGAUAUGGCUGAAAGAUUCAGUUUGAUG